AUGGACCUCAGAAACUCCCUUUUAGAGGCAGCCACGGUCCUUGCUGACCUCCAUUUAUAUCAGGCCAGUAAGUGGGCAGCAGAGGCUUUAAAUGGAAUGUCUCCUCUAACACAAGAGCAAAUAUUUGCCCUUUCUCAAACAAAACACUCUUCUGCAAAGAAAUCAAAUCAAUUGGAUCCAGUGCAACUGAAAGAUGCUGAAAGAAUCCUCUUGGCAUCUUCGUAUUUCAACUGUAAAGAGUUUGAUAGAUGUGGUCACGUGCUCAAAGGUUGUAAGAGUAACAAGGCUGUGUUUCUACGGCUCUAUGCGAUGUAUCUCAGCGGCGAGAAGCGUAAACAGUUUGAUUCUGACGGAGUAUUGGGUCAGAAAGACGGUAAAACUAGCAACAUGGCUCUCUCUCAGGUGCUCAAGGAAUUAAGCUGGUGUAAGGAUGUUAGCGGUCGACUUGAUGAUCCAUUUCUACUCUAUUUGGCGGGAAUCGUCACCUUGAAGUCAUCCAACGACUUCAGAAGCGCUCAGGAAUUGUUCUACCAGUCUCUUACAUUGUAUCCUUUCAACUGGUCGUGUUGGAGGGAGUUGAUCGAGUGCUUGAGCAGCUUUCAGGAGGCUAUUUCAAUGGUUUCCAAGUUCUCAAGGAACUCCAGAUUCUCCGAGAACAGGAGUUUCCACGUUAUGGUUGUCUUCUUUGAAGUGGUUGUUCAUCAGGAAUUCUUUCAAGGUUCUACUGAGGUCAACAAUCACCUCAAUUUCCUUUUACAGCUUUUCCCACGACUCAGCUUCGUCAAGAUUCAACAAGCACUCGUAUGCUACAAUGCGUUAGAUUAUCAAGCUGCUGAAAGCAUCUUUGACUCUGUUUUGACUUCAGAUCCGCUGCGUUUGGACGAUAUGGAUACCUAUUCAAACAUUCUCUACGUCAUGGAGAAGAAGUCUAAGCUCUCGUUUUUAGCACAGCACGCUCUUAAAAUUGAUCCAUUACGUCCUGAAACCUGCUGUAUCGUGGCCAAUUAUUACUCGUUAAAAUUUGACCAUCAGAAGGCCAUUAUGUACUACAAAAGGGCUCUUUCGCUCGACAGAAAUUGUCUUAGUGCAUGGACUCUUAUGGGCCACGAGUUUGUAGAACUAAAGAACUCUCAUGCUGCAAUAGAGAGUUAUAGACGAGCCGUUGAUAGUAAUAAUAAAGAUUUUCGGGCUUGGUACGGACUUGGACAGGCUUAUGAGGUGCUAGACAUGAAUUUAUACUCUCUUUAUUACUAUCAAAGAGCAUGUGAAUUGAAACCAACAGAUAAAAGAAUGUGGCAAGCCAUUGGAAAUUGUUGUGAGAAACUCGGAGAGUUUGAAGACGCUGUCAAAUCAUACAAAAAAGCGUUGAACGUAAGUAGUGAGACAGACUCCUCGAUACUUUACAAACUGGCUACUCUAUAUUCCGAAAUAGGAGAUUCUAAGAACACCAAAAGCUAUAUGAUAUGGUGUCUAAAUGAAGAGGCUGAAGAAGGAGCUACAGACGAGUCUUCUAAGGCCAGAUUAUGGCUAGCUAAACACGAAUUAGAGGCUCAGAAUUGGCAACAGGCCUAUAAAUAUGCUACUGAUUUGACAUAUGGAACUUCUCAUGAUAUAGAAGAAGCAAGAUCCAUAGCCAGAGAAGCAGGUGAGAGAAAGAGCAAAGAGUAG